GAACGGCAGCCAGGUGACCGUGGUGACCUUCUUCAUCAUGCCGGCUCGGACCAACAACUUCAACGUGGAGAGCCUCAAGGGGCAGGCUGUGCGCAAGCAGCUCUGGGACACAGCCAAUGCCGUGAAGGAGAAGUUUGGGAAGAAGUUGUAUGAAUCGCUGCUGGUCGGGAACCUCCCCGACAUGAACAAGAUGCUGGACAAGGAGGAUUUCACCAUGAUGAAGAGAGCGAUAUUCGCCACCCAGCGUCACUCCUUCCCCCCCGUCUGCACCCACAACAUGCUGGAUGACUCUACGGAUCCCGUCCUCAACACCAUCCGGCGUCUUGGGCUGUUUAACAGCAGCGCCGACCGCGUCAAGGUCAUCUUCCACCCCGAGUUCCUGUCCUCCACCAGCCCCCUGCUGCCCGUGGACUACGAAGAGUUCGUCCGAGGCUGCCACCUAGGGGUCUUCCCCUCCUACUACGAGCCGUGGGGCUACACGCCAGCUGAAUGCACUGUCAUGGGGAUUCCCAGCAUCUCGACCAACCUCUCCGGAUUCGGUUGCUUCAUGGAAGAGCAUAUCGCCGACCCGUCGGCCUACGGGAUCUACAUCCUGGACCGCCGGUUCCGGGCGCUGGAUGAUUCGUGCACCCAGCUGACGUCCUUCCUGUACAGCUUCUGUCAGCAGAGCCGGCGCCAGCGUAUCAUCCAGCGCAACCGGACCGAGCGCCUCUCCGACCUGCUGGACUGGAAGUACCUGGGCCGGUAUUACAUGUCUGCCCGACACAUGGCUCUCGCCAAGGCCUUUCCCGACAACUUCACCUACGAGCCCCCGGAGGAGACAGCGGCCCAAGGAUUCCGCUACCCCCGCCCGGCCUCUGUGCCCCCUUCGCCCUCCAUCUCCCGCCACUCCAGCCCCCACCACAGCGAGACGGAGGAGGAUGACGAGCGGUACGACGAGGAGGAGGAGGCGGAGAAGGAUCGGCUCAACAUCAAGCCCCCGGCCAUGACGGGCCCCGUCCCCGAGUGGCGCAAGCCGCCCAAGAAGGGCUCCAGCGAGGCCAGCACCUCCUCCAAUGCCUCCAACGCCUCCACCCCCACCAUGCCCUCCAGCCCCAGCGACCCCAGCAGCCCCAACAACUCCAUCAUCGAGGAGAGGAACUAGGGGAGGGGGUUCUAGACUGGUCUAGAACUAGGGAGUGCCCCCACCCCAGGCACAACGGUUAUAAGCAACCCCCUUGCCGUCCCCGUCCUCUGCUUCUGGCUCGCCCUCUCAAGAACCCACCCUUCCCUUUUUGCUGGGUUCUAGAUUGCUCGUGCUAGGUUCUAGAUAAUUCAAAACCGGGUUCCCCCCCCUGAGAUGGGUAUA